CAAAAGCAAAGAAAGCUAGAGAUGGGUACAAUAUCUAUCUGAUGAGGCUCUCGUGCACUAUGCGGUUCACGCAAGGCAUGUUGGCCUCUCUUGUAGUUUUUGUCUUGGUUGUCACAACUCCGGAUGUCAUUGACAUUAUCCUGAAUUUCACGGCCGUGAAUUUUAUUUCUGGCUUCGGUACGUAAACUGAAAAACAAAUGAAAAUUCGCCAAUGUCACAUCUUCAAAUAUAUGUCGUCCUGUCUUAUCCAACCCUCUUUCUACUAGAUGACGUUGCUUUUGAACUUGCGCAGUGGGGAAAAUACGGCCCAAGGUUGGAGAAAGAAGCCAAUCGUAUUGAGGAAUUGAAAGCCCCACCUUGCAUUUAUCGUAAAUAUCAGCACGUUCGGUACUUAUGGACCGUUCUCCCCAUGGGCUUCGUUCUUCUCGUUUUGCUAUCGGCUGUUGCAUUCAGUCAAGCAUCGCCGGAUGUCUGGCUAACAAAUAGACUACGAGUCCAAUUCCAGGAUAACACGAGUUUUGAAGGGUAUAGUGGAUGCUACGACAUUGACCCCAAAUCAAUCAAUAAUCCAGUGACCCAGGGGAGAGUAAUCUACAAUAGUUUCCAAGCAAAUGACCAGGUCGCAACGUUCGGUUACUGUGAUGGAAAAUGGUUUUUGUACGAGUACGGAGACUUCCAGAAACCAUGUGAUGUUCCAGACGAACAUAAGCUGGCUUUCUCUUCGAAAACUGACGCUUUUGGUACGUUGUUUCUAUGACAUAUAAAUGGAUUUUUAUUCCAUCCUUCUCCCAGGCAUACCAACACUUUUUUCGUUUUAUAUUGUAUUUUUCGAAAUCUGAAGACAUUGGAACUAGUUUCGAAGAUGGUUGGACUUCGUCAAGCGGAACUCCUCUCGAGCUGUUUUUUUUUGACAAUGAAGGCGAUUUAACUGA